AUGAAACGUAGACUUUUGAUAAUAAGCGGCCUUUUGUUAAUGUGUGCUACGUUUAUUGUUUGGAUCAUAUUGGCUUCUAUAAAUGAGAGAACCAAUUUUCAGAAUAAGGCAUUAAGGAGAGGCAUUGUCGCCAUAAUCUAUUCAUUUUAUGGAUUUUACCAUGCGAUAUCUCCAAUUGGUUUUACAUACAUGACGGAAGUUGUGCCUUAUACCAUGAGAAGUAAGGCCUCAUUGAUAUACAGUAUAACGAGUCAGGGAUGGGUUUUAUAUAACAAUUAUGUCAACAACAUUGCAAUGGAUGCUAUUUCAUGGAAGUAUUAUAUUGUUUUUUGUGUGUGGGUGUUUAUUCAAGCUUGCGUAGUUUAUUUCUUCUUUCCAGAAACACAAGGAUUGGGAUUAGAAGAAGUGGCACAAAUUUUUGGUGAAGAUAUUACUGAUAUAAAGAUGGCAGGUGAUAAUGCUGUUUUAAAUAAUGAAAUGAGCACCGUGGAUGAAUUUUCGCCACAAAUAUCAACCACUGAAAAGAAGAAUAGUUCUGUUAAUUUUGGUUCUUUUAGAUUUAGUUGA